AUGACGUGCAUUCAUGCAUCGUGUUUGUUUGUUUGCUUGUGGUGGCAUCUGCGUGUGUUUUUUCUGUUGUCGCUUGUCGCGUCUCUUUUUCCGCCUCACUCUCCAUGUGUUUUGCCCCCCUUCUCCGCUAGUACCCAAACUUCGGAUCACCAAUCCACACAAGCUGCCGUUCACAUGUCUGUUGUUGCUUCCGGGCGCGUUGCCGCGAAUCUCCAGCGCUUGGGCAUAAAACUUCCAGCCGCAGCAGCGCCUGCAACAAAUUACGUGUCUUACGUCUGCAGUGGCAUGCAGCUGCAUGUCUCCGGCCAGCUACCAAAGAACGACGUGGGGGGAUGCAUGACUGGGCAACUGGGUGCCUCACUGACAGUAACGGAGGGGCAAGCGGCGGCUCGGGCCUGUGCGUUGCAGGUUGUGAGCCAAAUGCAGGCAGCUCUGGGCGACCUGGACCGUGUGAAACGUGUCGUGAAGCUCAACGUCUUUGUGAAUUCCUCACCAAGUUUUACGGAGCAGUCGUACGUUGCCAAUGGCGCCUCUGACCUUAUUCUAAGUGUGUUCGGGGAGGAGGCUGGUCGACAUGCUCGGUGUGCAGUGGGGGUGGCGCAGCUGCCGUUUGGGGCCGCCGUUGAGGUGGAUGCGUUGGUGGAAUUGAAUAAUUGA